GAAGGUCACACAGCUGGCCCAGGCCGAUUGCUGGCUGGCUGGGAUGAUUUUGAGCAACAAUUUAGCCUCCCGAAUGUCGAAUGUUGGUCAAGAAAAUAUUAAUGACAAAAACAAUGAACAUAAAAGGCCAACAGGGGGUGUAAGGAGACUAAUUUGACGAGAUAACAGUGGUAAGUGAUGCUUGAGGAGAAGGAAGAAGCCUUGGAAAUUACCUAGCCGCAAAUUAAAAUAGAUACAUACUUGGCAGCGACGACGUUUGCAUAUUUUUCAGUGCCGGACUAAUAACUUUCAUUCAAGCAAUCAUGAUAAGGGGCGUUAAGUGGCUGACUUUGGUCGCCGUCGUUCACCUGUUCGUUUGUCCCUAUACAAAAGUGGAGGAGAGCUUCAACUUGCAAGCAAUGCACGACAUAUUAUACUUACGGUUUAAUUUAUCAGAAUACGACCACUUGGAGUUUCCAGGAGUGGUCCCGAGAACCUUUCUCGGACCACUUUUUAUUUCACUCUUAUCAAGCCCAGUGAUGAUGAUAAUCAGCUUUUUCGAUUUUAACAAAUUUAUCAUGCAGUAUGUAGUCAGGAUUGUCCUAGGCCUUGUGACAAUUGGAUCAUUUUCCAAACUCUUGAGCUCCAUCAAAAAAGAGUUUGGUGCUGCUGUGGCCGCCUGGUUCACCAUGGUCAGCGCUUCUCAGUACCACUUCAUGUACUAUCUCAGCAGGCCCUUACCCAAUAUCAUGGCUUUACCAUUAGUGCUUCUUGCCUUUCACUUCUGGUUGAGCAAGCAACCCCGACGAUUCAUCAUCGUAUCAGCUGCUGCGAUCAUAGUGUUCAGAGGCGAACUAACACUUCUCCUGGGCAUUCUACUUUUUCACGAUUUAGCACUGAAGAGGAUAACCUUUUCAGAACUCUUAAAAGUUGGCGCCAUCAGCGGUUUAGGUUGUCUUGCCCUAACUGUUUUUAUCGAUUCGAUCUUCUGGGGUCGUGUUUUGUGGCCAGAGGGAGAGGUUUUGUGGUUCAACACAGUUCUCAACAGGAGUCAUGAAUACGGGACGUCUCCUUUCCUGUGGUACUUCUACUCUGCAAUUCCCAGAGGAAUGGCUUCGUCGAUCUUUUUCCUGCCACUCGGUCUGUGGCUGGAACCAAGGAGCAGACAGCUGGCUGUUCCUGCACUACUCUUUGUCUUCCUCUACUCAUUUCUACCCCACAAAGAGCUUCGUUUCAUCAUUUACGUUUUUCCUGCGCUCAAUUUAGCAGUUGCCUCAGCCGCCCAUAGAUUGUGGAGCAACAGAGACAAGUCCUGGUGGCAAAAUCUCUUAGCUGUUGGCUGUGCUUGUCACAUUCUCCUGAACCUGAUGUUCAGCAUAUUUAUGCUCAGCAUUGCCAGGACAAACUAUCCCGGAGGCGCAGCCAUCGCAAGGAUCCAUCAGCUUGAAAGUGCAAAUACAAAUGUUACUCUUCACAUUGACAAUCUUGCUGCUCAGACUGGGGUGUCCAGAUUCACCCAACUGUAUCCCAAGUGGAGAUAUGACAAGACAGAGAACAUGGGUCGAGAAGGCCUGAUGCAGUUUUCUCACUUGCUGAUCGAGGCUAGAAGCAAGUAUUCUCUAAGCCUGCGGCCAUAUGCCUUUACCCAUACCACUAUGGACAUUGUGGAGGGCUUCUGGCAUGUGACCUUCAAUUACAAUUAUUUCCCUCCAAUGGAGAUUAAGACCCGGCCUCAAAUUUUUAUUCUCAAGAGAAACGACAACUACACCUCAGUUUUGGAAAAUGAAAAAAUCGGACUCGAAAAGCUAGAGAAGUUGCUUAACAGCUCUACCGUUCCCUUAGAUGAGGUGAUAGAAGAGCCCAAAAUACCUACUGCUGAUGCAUCUUCUCAGACUGACGCAGUUGAGCCGAUAAGUGAAACUCCGUCUUGGACUGCAAAGAAAAGUACGCAUAGACAAAAAAAUGAUCAAAAGCAGAGAGCAGAGAAUUCUGCCGAAACAGAAAUUCUCAACGAUAAAAGUGACCUUUAACUUGUGUGCGCUUUACUGGAGGUCUCAGCCUAGAUUAAGGUAGUAUAGUAUAGUUUGCUUUUUGAAAUUGCAAAUCUUAGCUUUUGAGAAAAAAAAUGACAAUGGGAAGUCUUUAAUUUGUUUUUAUGGCCGGGACCUCCCAAGAGUAUCGUAAUUUCUGUCUGUGAUGUAAUGUCUAACUAUCUAAAAAGAUGUUUAUUGUGUUUUUGAGAUUAUAAUGAAGUUACCUCCCUCUCCUUUUGUCCAUCACUGCCUUGAGAAGCUGGUUAUUGCUGAUGAUACCGUCUUGCAUCUUGUCCCAACCAUGAACUCCUUAUUUUUCAUUUUAACAUUUUGAUUUGUUUCCGGAUUUAAUUAUUUGCAUAAUGUACUGCAGCAGAUGGAAAGUUAAACCCUGUUAUAUAGUCCUACACAAAACUAAAUUGCCGUCUUCCAUUUUCUGCCAUAUGGGUUAGUGUAUUUUCAACGCCAAAUACAUUCAAGUGUGUUUUGAAAUAAAACGCAUAAAACGGUAA